AUGGUGUCCACGGAGGGGCAAACGGGGGCAGAUGAAUGGAAUGCACCUUUCCGGAGUCCAUUGAUUCUGCCGCAUCGUUCUAAGCUGCCAAAUGUGUUGUACAUUUUAUCUUUUAGUGAGCCUUUUAAAGCGCCUUAUCGCGACCUAUGGGGCUGUCUCACACACCCUUAUACUUGCUAUGCAUUUGGAAUAGCACUUGCUUUGGCUUCGGGAGGAGGUAUUGCUGCGAUUGAUAUUUUAUAUGGGUACUGGACACAAAAUGCCACGUCUAAUGUUGAUAAUUUGGCACCAGCGAUGGGGUAUAAUAACAUGUUAGCUUGGGUCACAGCCGUCAUUGGUGCGUUUGCUUUCGUGACCAACUGGACUUUUCCUGUUUUACUGUCAUAUGCGGCCCACAAAUUAUGCGCAGGUUUGCGGCGUGAAUACUUUGCUGCUACAAUCAUUCAAGAUCCCACGUUUUAUGACAGCCAUGGCCCAGGCGCCAUAACUACAUUUGCAAAUCGAGACGUUUCCCAGAUUCGCUCGGCCCUGGGUGAAAAGCUUGGCUUUCUAUUGAAUGCUGUAGGCACUGUUAUUGCAUGCAUUGUGAUGGCUUUCUCACGCGCGCCAACACAUGCAGGGGUACUUUUGUCGUUGCUCGCAUUUUCGUUGAUCGCGCUUUUCACCCUAGGGUCGCUUGCCGAAAAGACCACUGCCAAAGUCAUGGAAGUAGAUGGUCGCCUGUCGACGUAUAUUGAACAGGUCAUUGCGUCUGUGCGCGUAGUGCACAGCUUUGAACUCGUGCAAACCCUCGUGGAUCGCAUGAAAAACUUGUAUAUAUAUCCACUCACCAGAGCCGUCAAUUUCCGCUCGAUCGUGCGUGGUGGAGAUAUGAGUGCCAUGUACUUUACCGUGACUGUGCUGUAUCCACUCGGAUUCUGGUGGGCAUCCAUGCAAGUUGCUAAUGGGCGCGAAUCUAUGAAUGGCGUAGUAUCCAGCUUCUUCAACUAUCUCAACACUCUUUUCAGUAUGGCCAUGGUCGUAACGCAUUUUCAGAGUGUGGUAGAGUCGAUGGCUAUGGUUGCCAAUAUGCGUGCUACAAUCGAGAGAGAGCCGCGCAUUGACGUUCGUAAAACGUCUGGUCAUAUCUUGGGCAUACCUGCUUCGAAAGAGACGCGUACGGAAGAGCGUACGUACGUCCCGUCUUUUUCGCUCGAGCACGUCACAUUUGCAUACCCUGGUCGUCCUUACUCUGCGAGUCUGGAAGAUGUGAGCAUUGAAUUCCGUCCGGGCACGGUCACUGCUUUAGUUGGACCUUCCGGUAGUGGUAAGUCCACAAUCACGUCUCUUCUUAGUCGCGAGUAUGAUCCAGACUCUGCUGAGGAGGCUAUGUGCAACUGUCAAUUCAAUUCCUCAUCCUCUAAAAAGCAAAGAGCCUCACAACAACCUCAAGAUGAAGACGAGAAACAACUUCAGCCUGUUAAAGGCACUGGUCGUGUUCUAUUUGGUGGUGUAGACGUGCGCACUUUGAAUGUGCGCUGGAUGCGAUCUCAGAUUGCCGUCGUGCGUCAAAAUCCACAGCUCUUCACGGGUACCAUUGCCGAGAAUGUGGCAAUGGGUCUCUCAGCUGGUAUCUUGUCAGAUGUAUCUGCUGAUGACCCUAUCGUACGCGCAAAAGUCAAAGCGGCUCUUGUGAAAGCAGAGGCCAUGGGGUUUGUUGACAAGCUUCCCAAUGGCAUGGAUACCCAUUUAUCAGGCGGUCGAAAUGUGCACUUGAGUGGUGGCCAGCGUCAACGCAUUGCUAUUGCUCGUGCCCUGGUACGUGAGCCCCAAGUACUGUGCUUGGAUGAGGCAACAUCUGCACUUGAUACUUCGACAGAAGAAUGUAUCAAGCGCUCGCUAGCUAAGGAACAGACGGAGCGCGGCAUGACUACCAUCAUUGUCGCUCAUCGUUUAUCGACUAUCCAGCAUGCAGAUCAGAUCGUGGCCAUGAAAGACGGGCGUGUCGUGGAGCGCGGUACACAUGAUGAGCUCCUGCAGCUUAAGGGUGGUCUGUAUCACAAGAUGGUUAUGCACAAUCGAAUCGCCUCUGGCGAACCAGAUGUUGACGAGGAUGAUCAAGUUUCCGAGCACGGAAGUUCUUGGCGCCCUAUGCAAACACGCAAGGAGCGAUACGUUCAUCCAGAAAUGCACGAACCUAUCUUGCAUCAUUCUCAUGCGAAUAUUAUGGUGCCAGAGGUUGUGUCGCGUUCAGGCACAGGUGCCAUGUCUUCGACGUGGGAUGCGAGUGAACGACGCCAAGAGAUUAUACAUGAAUUUUCAGAGGAUGUGAACCAAUCAUGUGAGCUGAGUGCUAAUGCCAAGGACCCUGAGUCCCCACCAUUUCGUCCACCCGCAAAGUCCAAGCAGAUCCAUCUUUACGAGCUCCUAAUUGGCCAGUAUUGGUUGUUGCUACCUGGCAUCAUUUUUGCUCUUUGCGUUGCUGCGUCCUUUCCAAUUGUCGCAUGGCUCUCGGGAUAUGUAUUGGAGGGGUUGGGCAACCCUAACUUGCGCCAAAUGCGCCAUGACCAUGAAUCGAUGGACACUGUGGUUCUUUAUUGUAUCCAUCAUUGA